GCAAGGGCUCGGGCACUUCUUGGCAGGCGCUCAGCUCCCGUCCAGGCUGGCCAUGAUGCAGGAAGCCGGUGGGGUGCUGAAGGAGGGCUUCCUCGUGAAAAGGGGACAUAUUGUUCAUAACUGGAAGGUGCGAUGGUUUGUUCUGCUUCAGGAUAAGCUGCUGUAUUAUAAACUUGAAGGAGGCAAGAAGGAGCCUUCUCCAAAGGGCAGGAUCCUUUUGGAUGGCUGCACUAUUACUUGUCCAUGCCUGGAAUACGAGAACAGACCGCUACUCAUUAAACUGAAGACAAAAACCAACACAGACUAUUUCCUUGAAUGUUGCUCCAGAGAGGAGCGAGACUCCUGGGCUUUGGACAUUACCGGAGCUAUUCAUGCUGGCCACCCCGUGCAGGUACAGGAGCUUCACAGAAUGAAGAACUCGUUCAAACUGCUUGCGAAUAUUAGUCUCCACCACAUAGUGGACAAAAUGCAUGACAGCAGCACUGGGAUUAAGCUGACCCCCAACGUGGAGCAAGGCAACAGAUACAGAGAGACCUUUACAGGUUCUGCGCUGGUGGACUGGCUGAUCUCCAACAGCUUUGCUGUGUCACGGUUCGAGGCCGUCACCUUGGCCUCCAUGCUGAUGCAAGAGAACUUCACCAAGCCCGUGGGAGCCCGCAGCAUCGAGGCCACACGCUACAGUGACCUGUCGGAGCAGUUCCUCGACGACUCCACCGCGCUGUACAUGUUUGCUGAGAGCUAUAAGAAACAGAUCAGUUCCAAGGAAGACCUGCAGUUUAACAUCAGUGAAUUAAGUGGCACAAUUGUGAAGCAAGGCUAUUUAGUGAAACAGGGACAUAAGAGGAAAAAUUGGAAGGUGAGGAGAUUUGUUUUGAGAGCUGAUCCUGCUUUCUUGCACUACUACGACCCCACAAAGGAAGAAAACAGGCCAGUAGGUGGAUUUUCUCUUCGUGGCUGCCUUGUCUCAGCUCUGGAGGACAAUGGAGUCCCAACAGGAGUGAAGGGGAAUGUGCAAGGCAACCUCUUCAAAAUCAUCACCAAAAAAGACAUUCAUUAUUACAUCCAGGCCAGCUCCAAAGCAGAGCGAGCACAAUGGAUUGAGGCGAUCAAACCACUGACAUGAAUCAGGUGGACUCCAUGCCAAAUGGCAAGUCACAUUUGUGACCAGGUUUCCUGCUCUCUUUGUCUGAGAGUGUUGUUUUUCCCUUAGAUAUUUUUGAUAUUUGUAUUACCACAGCACAGAAGUCAUGUAAAUCCAGAAUAAAAAUUCACCACCAAGAAUUUACCGUUGAACCAAGAGACAAGCGACAACAGGUUGAUAGAGACAAAUGGGGCUUUACAAGGAAACAAUGAGAUAGAAUAUUCCAAGAUGGAAGAAAAAAAUCCUUUUGUACAAGUAUUCAGUUUAUAUCUGGCAGAUCCAGAUUGUGCUUUAACCUAAAGCAGAAAGGUCUUGUUCAUCUCCCCUUUAUAAAAGGGGCUCAUAAACUUAAUUAGUCCAGGCUGACUGAAUCAAGGUGUGUGACCUGGGUCAGAGCUAUGAAAGGUUCUGGUUUCUGAGGUUGCCUUUCUUGAUAUACCGUGAAAGUAUCUUGUGCUAAGCCACAGUUUAGUUGCCAGGAUAAUCACUAUUGCGAAACAAAUCAGAGGUCUGUCCAUCCAUCUGCUCUAGUAUUUGGUUCUCUGUCAUGCUGGAAAAGGUCAGAGAGUCCUCCAUUCAGAUAUCUAGUUUCUUUUUGUACUGGUAAUGGCUCACAGCACUACAUGACCCUGAGUGCUGCUCUAUCAGAUCAGACUAGUGGUAGUUAUUCCAGACAAUGGCUGGUGUUGAAUACAUUGGAACAAAUCACUCAGCCAUGAAAGCAAGAAUUUUCCCUCUGAUUAUCACCAUAAACCCAUUCAUGUGGUGCACCAGGGGGGACUGAGAGCUCUAAUAGCAGUUUUGCCUAUUGCUGUU